CUUCUCCAACCCGUUAUUUAUUUCCUUCCUUUUCCUUCUUUCCUUCCUCUUCCCCAUUCUUUCCUUUCCACCUUCUCUUCACCCUCCCCACUCCUGUUCCGCCGCUGUGACCGUGACCGCUGCUGCCGGUAACGAGUAAGAUAUAUAUAUAUAUUUUCAAAAAAAUAAAAAAAUGUUAAAACAAUUGGACCGAGGGUUUACAGUUCGGAGAAUAUAGUAACGAAACCUAACCUUGUAAGUUCGAUGGCGGUUACGGUUUGAAAUCGGAACUGCCGUUUUUGAAAAUGCUCGUGUUAUUGCUUGAAUGAGGUCUCUGCAAAGUAAAAUAGAGCCAAACUCUUCUAGAGGAAAGGAUGUCGAAGCAAGGAGGAUCCCUCUCGAGGCCACCCCUGCUGCUGGAAGAACAAGACUACCUGUACUGGAAAGUGAAGAUGAAAUUCUUCAUCAUGUCGAUGAGCGACGAGAUGUGGGACUCCGUCGAGUAUGGUUGGACUCCACCACUGAAACCAUUCCUGAAGCAGCACCGCCAGGCAGCAGCGGAGGAAGUGAUCGAAUUCCCACUCGCUUUGUGACAAAACCGAGGAGUCAGUACACUGCUGAAGAAAAGGCCAUGUAUAACGCGAAUGCGAAGGCUCUUAAUGUGAUAUUCAAUGGAGUCGAUGGUUCCUUGUUCGGAAUUAUUUGCACCUGCACCACGGCUAAAGCUGCUUGGGACGCUCUCCAUGCCACUUUUGAAGGAUCUGAAUAUGUGCGGAAAGCAAGGUUCGAAUUGGUCGAGAGCCAAUUUAAUAGGUUGAAGAUGCACGAGGGCGAGAAUAUACUCGACUACAGCAUCAGGUUCAAGGGUGUGGUGAAUCAUGCUCACAUGUUGGGAUUGGUAUAUGACAAGAGAAAGCUUGUAUACAAGAUGCUCGGAACAGUCACUCGCGAGUUUUAUCCCAAAGUAAUUGUCCUACAAGAUCUUGAAAAAAUUGAGACAAUGUCACUGGAUGAGAUAAUCGGGAUUCUGAAAGUCUAUGAACUCAUUCAUUUGCAAUCCAAACAAGGGAAAGUGUCUGGGAUAAAGUCCAAUAAACCACAAAUAUCUGACAAUGUGAUCUGUUACGGCUGCAAUGGAUUUGGGCAUAUCCGAUCUCAGUGCCCGACAGCAAAGAGGAAAGACAGCAAGGCCAUUGGAGCGACCUAGAGUGAUGACGACGAUGACCUGGAGUGACACGAAGCAGCUGCCAAAAAAGCAGUCACGUAGGACUUUUUAUGCGCUUAUUUCUCAUCCAAGUUUCAUUUUGCAUACUCGGUUAUCUAACCUUUUGUGAAUGAUGAUACAUUUGAGAUUUAAGCUUUUGUUACUGUUAAAAGGCUUGUGAUUAUGCUUGAAUAUAAAACUACUCAUUUUGUCCCUAAUACUGAAGGUUAUUGUGCAUCAUCGUACUUUUCUAGCUCUCUGUGUUUUAUUCUGUUCCUUGUGCAUUAUGGAAAGUAACCCAUUGAGGCUUUUGGUAUCUUCUCCGAUAAUCAGUUCAAGGUCAGAAAGCUUAUGAUUUA